AUGGAUGACCUAGCAGCAAUUGUUGGAAGUUUUGCAAUCACCAGUGAACCAAACAGAACAUCUGCUCCUCAUCCAAGGUAUUCGCAGUACAAAGAGAGAACACCGAAGUAUGAUCAAAACUCAAGGCGAAAACAGCUGCUGGAAUUGCAGAAAAAUCAGAGAUUUGACUAUUUGAGCCAUGUGAGAAGGCUGACUGAUAAUGACUGGAACAAUAAAGAAGAGAAGGAGGAAGAUGAUGACGAGUCAAUGGAACUUGAGCACAAACUUAGUAGGCCUGGGCGUUACUAUAAAAAUCAGUUGAUGAUGUCUGAAUGGCUAGUGGAAGUUCCAAGUAAUCUUGAAACAGAGUGGAUUACCGUUCUGUGUCCAGUGGCAAAACGCUGCCUUGUAGUGACAUCAAGGGCAAAAACCAAAGCCUAUUCAAAAAGUGGAUAUUGCAUCAACACAUUUCCUUCUCAUCUUCCAGGAGGAUGCCGCAGCAGCCGUGAAAAAAAUACGACGAUACUUGACUGCCUGUACAGUGAAGCCAACCAGACGUAUUAUAUUCUUGACCUGAUGUGCUGGAAUGGGUGUUCCGUGUAUGAUAGUGAAACAGAAUUUCGCUUCUAUUGGAUGCAUGAAAAACUCAGAGAAUACUCUUCUUUACAAGAGACUUCAAGUUCUAACCCUUUCAAGUUCAUUGGCCUGCCAAGCUUUGGUUGUACACAAGACGUAAUCAGCACUGCCAUUGCGUCCGCAGCUUUCCAAAUAGAUGGAAUUCUCUUUUACCACAAAAGGACCCACUACAUAUUUGGUUCAUCACCUCUGGUGGUGUGGUUGAAGCCUUUCAUGUUGGAAGAGAUACUGGGUAUAACAGUGCCAGACUGUCAGAAGGUGGAAAUGCCACAGAAUUACACAAACUAUGCAGAACACAUGAAGCAGGUAGAGGAAGAGAGACUGAAGCAAGAAAAGUUGAGAGAGGAAAGGCAAAAGCAAGGUGACACAGGAAAAAAGUUUAGACAGAGACAUGGCAGACGUCGAAAAGAAGCUGGAGAAAUGGACACCUCUCAUCCUGAAUCUGAUGGUUUAGAACAGAGCAUAGAAAUUGACAGCAAAUCUAUGGCAUCAGCUGUGGAUGCCGAGGCCCUAGAACAGAUCAUAGACAUUGACCCUAAAUCUGUAACAUCAGCUGUUGAAUCUGCUCCAGGUCUUGGCAUCGUGGAUUUGUCAGUGGCUGUAACCAACUAA